GGAUGCACUGUUAAAACAGAAUGUGAAGUAUGUAGUGAGGGACAUGUAUGAAAAUUUCCCAUGUAAGGGCAACAUUGGCAGAAAAAAUAGAAGAUGGCGUGUCUACUUUAAUGAGAUUGACUAUAUAACCUCUGAUUUUGUAAUCCUAUCAGCUGGAGUUUUUGGGACAACUGAGAUACUCUUCCAAUCACAGAUGAGAGGACUGAAACUUUCAGAAGCACUUGGGUCUGGAUUCAGCUGUAAUGGGAAUACUGUGGCUUAUCUUGCUGGAAGUCCAGCACCAUUGGGUGCUUAUGGAUUAGACAGAAAGCAAUUGUUUAAGACUCCUUUUGAGGAAAGGCCAGGGCCAUCCAUCUCUUCAGCUUACAUGCACCUCUUCACUGGGAUUUACAAUCCAGAGUGCCGUACUUCCGACAGCUUAUCCAUACCUGCUGUUUAAAGGGAUUACAACGUAUGGGUGGCCUGCUGGAUACUGGUUCUUUCAUGGGAUUAUAGACAAGAUAAAACAUAUCAUAGGCUUCAAAGCAUGCCAAGCAAUGGUCCUUAUUGCACUGGGAUAUGUUGAGAGUGAUGCUAAGAUCACACUAGAAAAGGGAACAAACAAAAUCUGCUUCACUCCACCUCAUGAUCCCCUUCUCCCAAAAAUUAAAGCUUUUCAAAAGCUCACUAAGAAACUAGGAGGACUUCGAUCUCUUCAUGUCAAAAUACCGAAGCACAGCAGUUCAUCUUUUAAGUGGGUAAAAUGCAUCAUCAGAUCCUUCACAUGGUGUUGGCAACCCCGAGGCAGGAUAUUCUCAUGUACAAGAAAAGAGAAGGCCUUGAAUCUGUUCUUAAAACUCCUAAUCAAGAUCCAGAAUCCUUCAUUGAUAGGAAGGCCAUUAAUCGCCAGAGAUCAUUGGUCACGGUUAAAGAAACCAUGAGAGGUUAUAUUGGUGGUAUGCCAUGCACAGCUUUUCUCAUAAUGAAAUGAACUCUCAGGACCAGAUGGGCUCUGCUAAAGAACAAUUCUUAGGUUCACUCGUAAGGUGAAUGAGCAUAUUCACCCCUAUUGUUGAUUAACAUACUUUUAUUUAAUAAAUUUAUAAUCCAACGGUCCACAUCUUAAAUUAGCCUUUAAAGAUCAUCUCUGUAAAAAAUCAAUCGAAUCAAAAAUCGUUUAAUUAUCUAAUUGAAUCAAACAAAUAGAUGGUUCUAACACUUGCU